AUGCACAAACACAGACUAUUGGAUUUAUCCCAGUAUAAACCAAUAGAAGAGUUUUCAGCACUGGCACCAUCCCUAAGACCAGCACAAGGACUAGUGUCACUCUGUCCCAGAGUGAAGGAUUCUGCCGAUGACAGGCUGCGCAUCCCACACUCUGCAAUGGAUUGGGCAACUGUGGGAGUACGAGACACCCAAAGUGAUUGUGGUAAAGAAUCGUCACCUGGGGACCAUUUACAGGCUCCUGCAGCUGCUCAUCAUUGUGUACUUUGUGUGGUAAGUAAAAGCGGGUGAUAUUGGGUAAAAGACAUUAAAAGAAGCUGUCAAUAGAGAAGGGAAGCUGGCACAUAACAUCUAGACUGUAAGCUCGUUUGGGCAGGGUUCUCAUCUACCUAUUUUUUCUGUAUCAUUUUGUAAUUGUCCAUUUAUUAUUAACUGGACUCCUUUCAGAAUAUUGUAAAGCACUGUGGAAUAAGUUGGUGCUAUAUAAAUACCAAUAAUAAUAAUAAUAAUAGCAUGAAGUUGUCAAAAGAAAGAGCUGAGCACACAUUGAGUAUUAGAACGUAAAACUUGGUAAAAAAUGAGCAUGAUAUAUAGAAUACCAUGCAGAAAUUGUCAUAGGCAGAGAGCUGGUGUCAUAAGGGUUGGUGUGGGCAUAAAUAUAAUUGUAUUAUAUGUAAACAAAAUCAAGAGAUCAUAGAAAUGGAAAUACAGUAAAGAUAUUGGUGCAGACACAAGAAAAUAUGUGUGCAGAAUGGGGUACACAGUUAUUGCGCAUAAAUUGUGUGGACACAAAGGUGGUAGAAUUUGGUCACCAUGUUUGGUUAGGAAGGGGAUGUUGGUACAGAGCAGGAAAUCUACAUAAAAACACGUCAACAGUUAAACAGACCACUGGUAACAUUAAUAAAGAGAGGAUUACAGGAGAUGUAGGGCACCUAGCAGAUAUUAGUGUGGCAUAAUAGUUAAAUCAUGGCAUGGAAAUUGGUGAGGGUAAAGAGGAUGGAGACACAUUCAGUGAUGGGUGUGGGAAAAACAAAAAGCUGGAGGUGUAUAUUCCAAGUUAAAUCUGGCUGGGCAUGGAGACUUGUAGUUAGACAGGGGUAAAUAAAGCAGAGCAAUUUGUAGUAUGGAGAAGUGAUGUGAAUGUAGAUGGUAAAUGAUAGAAAGUUAAACAAAACAGAUACACAUGGAAGUGGUGCAUGAAGAUGUUAUGGAGAAGAUAUAUAAAUGGAAAAUAUAUAUAUUUUUUGUCAUACAAGAAGAGAACAAAUUGGUAGCUACACAACUCUUUCACAGUCUAAAUAACUCGCGGUUUGUCCUCUUUUCAGGUAUGUGUUUGUGGUUCAGAAGGGGUACCAGGCAAAGGAAACUGGCCCAGAAAGUGCCGUAAUUACAAAAGUUAAAGGCGUGUCCAUAUCCAGAGUGCAUAGAGGACUAAAAAGGAUUUGGGAUGUAGCUGAAUAUGUGAAGCCUCCAGAGGUAAGGCAUAUUGAUGUUGGGAAUUGAGAAGAUUAAGGACAGGGUGUUGUAGAGAAUGACAGUGGGUGACAUGGUGACACAAAAUUGGAAAAGAAAAAAAAAAGGAAAAUGUGAAAAACAGCCUAGGUACUUGUGGAGAAUGGGCAUGUGAAACAGUGAUAAAGAAAAAUAUCUGAUUAUAUAUAAUGGACAGCACAAAAGAAGAAUGGCCUAGAAACUGUACAAGGGAUGGGAGAAAAAAAUAUUUGUCUGUGAAACUAAAGAUGAAGAACAUAGAACAGUCUAGGAAGUUGGACAAGAGAGGGAGGGAAGAUUGGACCAAGACAAGGAAGAAUUUUCUGGGAACGUGAGAGAGAAAGUUUAAAUAAACAUUAACCAGAGGAGUUGUUAGCUGUAAAAAACCUAACCUUAACCCCUUCCCGACCAAGGACGUUUCAGGUACGUCUGACAAAAAACAGUCCUUAGGGAGCGCGGAUAUACCUGAUACGUCCAUGGGGAAUUAGAGCGCUGGAAGUGAUCAUGAUCGCUUCUAGCAGCUCUAAUAAUAUUGCAGCGAUGCCUCGAUGUUGAGGCAUCGCUGCAAUACCGCCCUCACUGCAGGUGGCCCCCAGAGAACACCGGUGGGAGCGAUCACUUCCGGGUUGCUCCAUGUGGAGCCCGGCAGUGAGGCAGAACAUCGGAAGCCAUCAGACAGGCUUCCGAUGCUCUGCCUGGUCUGAGUGCCUCGAGGGUUUCGAGGCACUCAGUAAUUAUACAUUUUUUAUUUUUUUUAAAAAAUAGUUAAAUAAUUAAAAAAAAAAAACCAUUUUUAACCCCUACCCUCCCUCCAUCUCCCUCCCCAUGUUCUUAUCUUCUUCUUCUUCUUCUUAGGCAGGACAGUCAGGGCAGUCCUCCAUCUCCAAUUUAGGACUCCCAGGGGCCAUGUGACCGAUCUAAAAGAGCUGUGACAUGGCCGCCAUAGGUUUCCACAGUGCUGCCAGCAGGGGGACUGCCUGAACUGUCAAGCAGUCCACCUGCAGGUGGAAAAAGUUUUAAAAAAAAGUUUGAAAAAAGUUAAUAUAUAUAUAUAUAUAUUUAUAUAUAUAUAUAUAUAGUUAAUAAAUAAAAAAAUAUAUAUGUAUAUAUGAGAUAUAUAUGUACACAUAUAGUAUAUCUAUAUAUAAUGUCAUAUAUAAUGUCUUAUAUAACGUCAUUUUUUAAAAUUUAUAUAUACAUAUAUUAACAUAAAAAUACACUUAGAGUAAAAUUACAUACGUAUAUAUAUAUAAUAUAUGAUAACUAUAUAAAUUGUGUAUAUAUAUAUUAUAAAAAAUAAAUAAUAAUUAAAAAUGUAAAUUGUAAAAAUAAUUAGAAUAAAAUUACAUAUUUUUUUUAAACUGUAUUUUGAUUUCAAUAUAUAUAUAUUGAUAUCAAAAUACACAUAGAAUGAAAUUAUAUAUCUAUGUAUAUCCCUACUACGAUUGCGGCAAAUAGGAGCCCUGGACUUACCUGGAAUGGUGAUUCGAGAUUUAUACAUAUAUAUCUCAAAAUACACUUAUAAUGAAAUCAUAUAUAUGUAUAAUAUAUUAUAUACAUACACACGUACUAUAUGUAUAUGUGUGUGUGUGUGUGUGUGUAUAUAUAUAUAUAUAUAUAUAUAUAUAUAUAUAUAUAUAUAUAUAUAUAUAUAUAUGACUUUCCUUGUGGAUACUCUAUUUGAACCAGCCUGCAGGCUUUGGCACCCGGCAGUAAUGAAUAAAGCGUGAGUGCAAGGAUUUUUUGCUUUUUGUAUAUAUAUAUAUAUAUAUAUAUAUAUAUAUAUAUAUAUACACACGCACACGCACAAACACACACACAAUACUGAGUCGAAAUAACAUUGUUUUAAGAAUACUUAGUAUUAAAAUGUCUCUCUGCCAAAACAACAAGAUCCAAUUGUCUGUAUUGAGCUGAGGCCACAAUAAAACAUCCUAUUCUGCAGUAGACAAGUGCUCUAAUUAGCCGCAGUGUCCAACACUUAAUGCACCAUCACCUCUGAAUACGGAUCUCUCAUACCCAUGUGUCCUAUUGUUCGACUAUAGUUAGAAUUUACUAGACUUGGAAGUUUAAUUUGACCCGGACUGCAAUAUGCCAGAAUUCAGCUGAUUACCUGAUUGGCCAAAAUUAUGAUUUAUGAGCAGCCACGUGCCAGAAUUGAAGUAGGGCUGACUUGCGCAAUCCUGAACAUGAUUGUUUUGGUUCUUGAUCUGCAGAGGACUAUUUUUGUAAUUGAUCCUAGUGUUAUCAAUAUACAGUUAAUACAUUUUUAUUUUUUUGUUCUUUGUUAACUGUUUGGGGGGGAAAUCCUUUUUUGGGGUAGUGUGUGGUGUUCAGUAAAUAAGAAAAAAAAAAGUUACUAUUGCCUAGCUUGGAUUAUUAAUUCUAGUUUAAGACUAGGCUUAGCUUGCUGCUACAGCUAGUUAGCAGCUACUGCCAGGGAUAUUUUAAAGAACUUUAAAUGCAAGAUUGACAUUUUGUCAUUGAUCCUACUGUGAAACUUGGUAUACAAUUGUUAAAAGUUGUUUUGUAUUGUUUUUGUUUUUUUACUUUGUUAACUGACAGAAAACCCCAUUUAAUUUUUAUUUUUUAAAUUAAAUACGACAGAGGUAGUGUUGGCAGAAGUGGGAGAUAGGAGCUGUAGUUUGGGGUAUGUGUGGUAGUGGGGGGUAAGAGCUAUAGUGAGGUAUUAUGGGCUGCAAUGGAGGAUUAGGGGUUAUGGGCAGUAGUUGAGGGAUAGGGGCUGUAGUGGGAUAUAAAGGCAGCAGUGGUGAGUAAGAGGCUGUAGUGGGGGGGUUAAUAGUUAAAGCUGGAGGUUAGAAGAUGUCGUGGGCAAUAAGGGACCAUAGUCAGGUAUAGUGUAACAUAGAAACAUAGAAUGUAAUGGCAGAUAAGAACCAUUUGGCCUAUCUAGUCUGCCCAAUUUUCUAAAUACUUUAUAUAUUUCCUGGCCUUAUCUUAAGUCUAGGAUAGCCUUAUGCCUAUCCCACACAUGCUUAAACCCGCUAACUUUCAUUGAUCCUAGUGUAAUAGUGGGAGGUAGGAGCAUUAGUGGGGGGUUUAGAAGCAGAAGUGAGGGUUUAGGAGUUGUAGUGGGGUGAGGGGGUAGAGGCUGAAGAUAGGGGCUAGAAGAUGUAGUAGGGGGUAAGGGUAUAUAGGGUAGUAGUGGGAGAUAUGGACAGUAGUUAGGGGUUAGAGCCUGAAAUGGGGCGGUUAGGAGCAGCAGUAGGGGGGGGUUAGUAUUUGCAGCAGGGGUUUAGGGGUCAUAGUUGAGAGUUUUAUCACCGAGGCUGAAGUGGGGGGUAAGUGGCUAAAGUGGGGAUAAGAGGUUGUAGUGGUGUAUAAAGACAGUAGUUUUAGUGAGGGGUAGGAUCUGAAGUGAGGGCUAGAAGAUAUAGUGGAGGAUAAGGAGCUUUGGUAGGAUAUAGGGUAGUAGUGGGGAUAAGGGCAGUAGUGGGGGGUUAGAGACUGCAGUAGGGGUAGUAGUGAGGGGUAAGGGGCUGUAGUGAGGGGAAAGGAGAUAAGGGCAGUAGUGGGGUGUUAGAGGCUGCAGUAGUAGUGAGGGGUAAGGGGCUGUAGUGAGGAGUAACGGGGAUAAGGGCAGUAGUGGGGCGUUAGAGGCUGCAGUAGGGGUAGUAGUGAGGGGUAAGGGGCUGUAGUGAGAGGUGAGAGGCUGAAGUGGGGGGUUUGGGGCAGUAGUGGGGGUUAGGGUCUGUAGUGGGGGAUUAGAGGCAGUAAUGUGGUACAAAGGCAGUAGUGGUGAGUGGGAGGGGAAGAGGGGGUCAGAAUAUGUAGUGGUGCAUAAGGGGCUAUGAUAGGUAGUAGUGGGAGAAUAGGGACAAUAGUACAGGUUAGGGCAGUAGUGGGGGUUAAAGGCUGAAGUGAGGGUUUAGGAGUUGUAGUGGGAAGCAACAGUAGCAGUAGUGGGGGUUAGAGGUUGUACGGGGAGUUAUGGGCUCAAGUGAGGGCUUGGGAGUUGUAGUGGGAAGCAGCAGCUGUAGCAGUAGUGGGGGUUGGAGGUUGUAUGGGGGGGUUAUAGGCUGAAGUGAGGGUUUGGGAGUUGUAGUGGGAAGCAGCAGUAGCAGUAGUGGAGGUUAGAGGUUGUACGGGGGGUUAUGGGUUGAAGUGAGGUUAAAGCAUGAUGUGAGGGUAAAGGGCAGUAGCAGAGGGUUACAGGCUGUAGUGGGAGGUGAAGUAGGGCAUUAAGGGCAGUUGUGGGGGUUCGGACCUGUAGUGAGGUAUUUAGAGGAGUAGUGGAGGGGCUAGGACCUGUAAGGGGCUGAAGUGUGGGGUUAUGGGCAGUAGUGGAUGGUUAAUGGGACACUAAAGUCACCAGAACAAUUACAACUUAAUGUAGUAGUUCUGGUGAGUAUAAUCAUUCCCUACUGGCAUUUUUAUGUAAACACUGCCUUAUCAGUAGUGCAGUAGUGGGUGUUAGGGGCAGUAAUGGAAGUAAGGGACUGUAUUUAGGUUUAAGGGCAGUAGUGGUAGGUUGGAGGCUGUAGUGAAGGGUUAGGCAGAGUAGUGGUGCAAAAGUGAUGGAUUAGAGGCUGAAUCCAGGGUUUGGGCCUGGAGUGUUGUGUUAGGGGCAAUAGUGGGGUUGAUAGAGGCUUAACUGGGGGGUUAGGAGUACUGGUGGGUUAGGAGUUGUAGUGGGAAGCAGCAGGGACAAUAGUGGGUGGCUUCUAGGCUGUAGUGGGGAGAUAAGGGCUGAAGAGGGGCAUGUUGUGAGCUGUAAGGGGCAGAAAUGGAGACGUAGGACCUAAAGUAGGGGGUUAGAGGCAUAUGUGUAGAAUUAGGACCUGUAGUGGGGGAUUGAGGUGUAAGUGUGGAGUUAGAGGCGUAAGUUGGGGGUUAGGCAGCGGUGUAUUUACUGUGAGGCUGAAUGGGUGGCACUUGCAGGGAGGCGGCAAAAAAAGCUGCCCCCCAAACGCCCUGGCAAAUGCCUUGCCAGCCUCUUGUCCUGGGAGGCUCAGGAGCUGGCAGGGUGGCCACCUCUGGGCCCCAACCUGGCUGGCAUGAGCUGAUGUGGGAGGCGGGCGGCGAGGGAGCACUCUGAGCGCUUUACUGUUCCCUCGUGCGCACUGCAGUGAUGCCAGAGCCGGAAUAUGACUUCACUCCGGCUCAGGUAUCACUAAGAGGAGCAGGGAACUGAACAGGAGGAUCACGGCUCCCUCGCCUCCUCCACUAUGAGCCUGCCUGCCAGCCAUGACCCGCUUCCACACGCUAUAUUUAUCCUCUAUUCCACACUACAGUGUAACCAAAACUCUUGCCACCCACAUACAUCAGCAAUGGGAGACAGCCAUAGAGGAAACUUUCACAAGAAAUCAAUGGCGUAAAAUGUGUGACAGUCCACCACUGUGCCCUGGCAAGCAGAACUCAAGAAACUGCAUGUAAGGUAUUGACAGUGUGGUACAGGACUCCACAACUACUUCAGACCAUCAACCCUUCAAUUGAUGGCAAGUGCUGGUGUUGUCACGCCACCACGUGCUUAUUCCUACAUAUUUAGUGGGAGUGCUGGCUGAUCAAGCCCUGUUGGCUCUCUCCUCUCACCCUCUGGUACAGUAAGAUGAAGGCACUUUGAAGAAUUUACACUCUCAGCACAGGGCUGAAUUCCAACAUACACAGACACAUGACGCAUUGGCUGACAGUAGUCUUUUGGGCCCAAUUUCAAAGACUGCUGACACACUCUGAUUGGACUGCGGGUGAGAUCUCAGGUGACCGGAUGGGGGACUGAUGAGAGAUUGAAUGGGCAGAGACCAGAAGAAUUAAAGGGAUCCUAUAGUACCUGGUUCACAGGAACGCAAGGAAUAGAAUAGUGAAUUAUGGUGACAACUAGUGAUGUCCCGAACGGUUCGCCAAACGGUUCGCCGCGGACUCAUCAUUGAGUAAACUUUGAUUCUGUACCUCACAGUCAGCAGACACAUUCCAGCCAAUCAGCAGCAGACCCUCCCUCCCAGACCCUCCCACCUCCUGGACAGCAUCUAUUUUACAUUCAUUGUGAAGCAGCAUUCUUAGUGAGCUGUCCAGGAGGUGAGAGGGUCUGGGAGGGAGGGUCUGCUGCUGAUUGGCUGGAAUGUGUCUGCUGACCCCUAGGUACAGGAUCAAAUUUUACUGAAUGAUGAGUCCGUGGCGAACCGUUCGUGGUGAACCGUUCGGCGAACCGUUCGGGACAUCACUAGUGACAACCUGUCUUGUGGUUGGCAACAAUAGAUCUGGGAGCAACCAUUAUGCAGGAGGUAUACAAGCAGCCACAAAGAUUGUUAAUGUUAUAGCUGAACCAGUUAUGCUUAUAAUUCUGGGACCUGCAUGUCCUGUUUUACCCUGAACUGAACCUCUUAUCGGAUCCUGCGUGACCGUAAUGCUCCUCAUAAUGGAGAUCUGCAAGUCUCUCUUUGUUUACCCUAUUUACUUGUUGAAAAACAAAAAAAUUAUCAUUCACAAAAAAAAAAAGUGAAACAAAGAACCUCAUUAAGAACCAUAAAGUCAAGCACCAUAAUAUCACUUAGUUUUACUAGGAAUGCAUACUUUUUAAUGUUCUAUAGCAGUUUUUAAAUAAUAUCAACAUAAAGAUAAAGAACAUUUUUUUUCUUGGUAUGGAAUAUACCACCUAUGCUGUAUGAAUUAAGCAAAACCUAUUUUGCUCUACUUCUGUAAGUAGUUUUCCAUUUACGUGUACUUACCAAUAAUACUAGAAUGGGAAUUGUACCACUUCUCACUAUAUAGUAGGAGACAUUGAAGAUGCUCGCGUGAGUGCAAUUUCAUUUUAUUAUACUCCACUUAUAAUAUUUUUUAUGUACUACACUAUAUGGUCAUUUUUGCUUUUAUUACAUAAAUCCUGGACUACCAAUUGGGCCAAGGGAUACAAUACAACAGUAGUGUAUUAUGUCUGAGACAAUAAGCAUCCUUAAAUGAGGAUUGUACCGCUCAAUUGCACAUAAGUGUAGCUUUUGACAGCUUCAAAGUACAUUUCUUUCUUUAUUAUUCCAUAUUAUUAGACAUACUACAUGGUAUAUAUCUUCAUCUUUUUUUCAUUCCAUAGACCAGCAAAGAACACUUUAAGGCGCUACUCCCAUCUCUCAAUUCGAAUAUUUUCUGUCUGACCGAAAGAGUGAGACUCUGGACUGGGUUGUUGAGCUGCCUUCUUUACCUUACCAACACAUUCCAGGCACUAUACCUUCCUGUAUACAGCAAUUAUCUACAGUAUACUGAAAAUGCAUAAAUAUCCACAGAGACCAAAGCGUCUGAUUGUGUUGGCAAUAGGUGGAAUACUAGAACCAUUAGCAAGAUGGCUCAAUAACCUCUUUAUACCACUAGAGAACAAACGGGGAAAAACACACCAUUAAAAAAGGUGCCUGCAAGCAGUGUAGGAUACAAAUAAUAUCACAGAGAAGGAAAAUACCACAAAUGGAACUACAAUAAAAGCUUAUGAAAACAGAGAUACUUAGCUGGUCUGAGGGAGCAUCAAAAAAGAGGGUUUUGGAGGUUUGUGACAUUAUAGGUCAUGCUCUGUUAUGAUUGGUUUUUAACUGUUUCAUAUAUUUUAUUUCCUUGCUUGUUUGAAUUUUUCCUGCUGAGGUGAUAAAAGAAGAGAAUAGCACAAUAGGAGUCUCUGUGUCUUAUUUAAAAUGUUCUAAUAUAUUAAGAUUCCUGCUAUCCUCCCUCCCUCCAGUGAAAGUUAUCCUUGCACAAGCAAGAUAAUUAAACAUUCCAUUAGGCAAUACCAUCCUUAAUAAUAUGGUAGAUAACAACUCCUUUGUGCUGAUGGGGUCUUCACGGAACUUGUCAGCAUCUACCUAUCAACUAGUCAGGCCUCCAACCUGCUGGAUAACUGUUGCUCUGAGGGAUUGUGCUUGAUAAUUGAAGGGAAUCAGCUGAUAAUGGCCUUGUGAUCAGGGUCUUCUAGGCAUCCUACUUCUCUACUCAAUCCAAUUUUGUUUUUUCAUUGUAGUUUUGAACCCCCCUUAUGUUAAUUGAUUAGCUUUGAAAUUCAACAUUUAUUUGCAGUUAUUAGAAUAUUAAUAUACUAACCAAAUUUAUUACCAUAUGUCUGAUUCCCUCUCAGAUAGCAAGGUAAUAAUAGCAUUCCAACUUAAUGUGAACUUCACUCAUGCAUCAAGGAACAUUUAUUCAACUAUUUAAAUAAUAAAACAAGGCAUUUACCAAACUUUGGAAAUUACUUUUCUUACUUUAAAUAACAGUUUCCUCUGCUCUGGGCAAAAUCUAAUUUCUUCAAGUUUCAAAGGAUAAACUCUUAUGUCCUAUGUUAAAGUUGCACUGUCACGCCGAACUUACCAUUCUCCUAUUGUUUCCUCUUCCUUUCUUAGAAUCUGUUCUUCCUUUCUUUAUUUCUGAUUUAGUUUUCUUUGUCUUAUGUAUUUUUCCUAUGCUUGACUUUCUUUGACCAAAGAAGGAACUCAAGUCAGCUCUAUUUCCUGUGUCAUUGAAAGUACCCUUCUCCUUGACACAGGAAAUGGAGGUGACCUAAGCUCCUCUUUUGGUCAAAGAAAGUCAAGUGUAGGAAAAAUACAUAAGACAAAGUAGUCCCUAGAAAACUAGAUCAGAAAUAAAGAAAAAAAAAGAACAGAUUCUGAAAGAGCAAGAGAAGAGGAAACAAUAGGAGAAAGGCAAGUUCAGCGUGAAGAGUGUCACUUUAAGACAUGUGAACAGGUUGCCAGAGAGCUGUACUUUUCCUACUGUGGCAAACCUAGCCACUUCAUUCGUCUAUUUCUCCGUGUAAAAACUAUGUGCAUUCAUAUGUUAGCUUCAUGAACAGAAUAAGGAUGUACUGUUUGUGAAAACGAAUAAACUGUCGAAUGGAGGACCACACAAGGGAGUCGUGUGUCUCCAAAUAACAACUGGCAACAUAGUGAAAACCGCAAAACCCUAAUGGUUUAAUGGGUGGUCGCCGUUCGAAUGUUUGGUCGUCGAGUGCAUGGAACUAAAAUCGGUUACUCGACCUCGCGAACACCGCUGGACUUCAAUGCCGUUCGUGCAGAUAGACCCGUUCGUCCAAAUGGAAUGGUGUUCGGCUAAAUGAAACCAACGACCUUCCUACACACAACUAUGCAGUAUAUUAAUGUGUAUUUUUGUUUUCUAAUUCGUAUGAACUCCUGAAAGAAGACCGGUCAAAGCCUGCAAUUGCCAGGAACUAUUUUGGGGCUCGCUCCUCAUGGCGGACCAGUCCAGAACUUCAUUUGAAUGGCUUUUCUAUUCUAACAAACGGAUCUGAGCGGUAAUUCAACAGAUUGUGCGCUCAGAUCCCAGCUAUUCAGUGAAGGGAGCUCAGACACAUAUUUUACGAAUUAUGUAUUUUUAAACAAUAUAGUGUGAUUUUCUGUACGGAGAGAUAAUGUAAUUAAAGGUGUACUCUUACACAAUUAUCUCUCCAGUACAGAAAAGGAUGAUGGGAAAUGUUUUUGUACACUAAGUUUUCCUAACAGUCCCCCGGGGAAAACCCCUGGAAUGUCAGUAAGGAAACCCCUUGCAUGGGGAUUUGUAUAAAAGCUCAGCUGACUCCCAAACUGUGUGUCGUCCAGUUGCUGGGAAAUGGGAUUGGGAUUAUUAUGCUACUUUGGAUUUGUAUGCUGACUACGACUACCAGCAGAGAUAUUGUGGAUUAUACCUCUACUCCGCUACACCUACAUAUAUCAUAUCCCAGCUGAUAUCACAUCCCAUCUGUGCACUGGCGGAUCCAGAGUCUUAUCUCGGGAGGGGCACUCAUAGAUUAUUUAAAGAAACAAUCCAGGCAUAGUAACCACUACAGCUCUCUGUAGUGGUUAUGGUGCCAGGAGUGCCGUGGCGCACUCCCAGAGUAAAUAGUCAAACGGUUUAAAAACAGUUUGACAAUUUACUUGGGGUCUGCCAGGAUAGGGCUGUAGAAGGGGAUAGAGCCUCUAGUAGUGUGUGUGUGUGAGAGUUGGCAGUGUGUGUGAGAGUUGGCAGUGUGUGUGUGUGUGUAUGGGAGGCACUGAGUGUGUGAAGGAUGCAGGGUGGGUAUGGAAGACAGUGUGUGAGGGAUGCAGAGUGUGUGUGUGUGUGUACGGGAGGCAGUGCAUGUGGGCCAGUGUGUGUAUAGGGGUGCAGUGGGAGCACAUUGUGUAGGAGGGGCAGUGUGUGUUUGUGUGAGGGGUGUAGUGUGUGCAUGGGAGUGCAGUGUGUAUAUGUGGGGUGCAGUGGAAGCACUGUGUGUAUGAACGUGUAGUGGGGGCAGUGUGUGUAUGGGAGUGCAGUGCUUGUAUGGGGUGUAGUGUGUGUGGGGGGAGAAGUGUGUGAGGGUGCAGUGUGUGUAUGGGGAGCACUGUGUGUAUGGGGAGCACUGUGUGUGUGGGGUGCAUUGUUUGUAUGGGGAGCACUGUGUCUAUGUGGAGGUGUGUGUGUGUGGGGGGGGUGGGGUACAGUGUUUGUAUGGGGAGCACUGUGUGUAUGUGGAGAAGUGUGUGGGGGCAGUGUGUAUGGGGGGCUGUCGGGGCAGUGUGUAUGGGGGCAUGUGGGGGCAGUUUGUUUGGUGGGGGCAGUGUAAAACAAAUUAUUUAUUUUUUAAAUUAAUAAAAUAUUAUUUAUAAUCCCCCCUCCCUUCCUACCUUUGCCCAGGGAGGGGGCAUAUCGCUUGUAAUCCCUGGUGGUCCGGUGGAAUCCUGGUGGUCCAGUGGUGAGAGUGAACUCUAGCCUGCACCUCCUGACGCUAGAGUUCACUUUCGCGAGAACAGAGUGUUGCCGUGGUAACCGCGGCAAGGCUCCGUUCUCGCGAGAGGAGACCCGGCGGAACUGCAGGCUAGAGCUCCUCCCGUGUCUCCUCUCUCCGUCCUGGCUGCCCAGUAAUGUGCCUGCGGACCGGUGAGGGAGAUCUCCGAUCUCCCCUCCGGUCCGUGUAGGCACUUAGCUGGGCCGGCGCUUGGAUAGCACCGCCCCUGCAGGAGAGAGCAUCAGAUCUCGGGGGGGGGGGGGCAAUUGCCCCGUUGCCCUCCCCCUGCAUCCGCCACUGCAUCUGUGAUGUCUUUUCUUUAAAGUAGACAAAUGUUGAUUUCCUUUCCUUUUUCUCACAACUGAAAUCUUCCAUCCCCCUUAUUACUUUUGUAAACCCUACUUUGUAUUUUGUCCAAUUUAUUACCAAGGUUUUAUAAAGGGGCACAAUCUCAAUUUCAACAUGUAAAUUAAAACUCUUAGUUAGCAGCUGUCCUUUACAGCUGUUAACUUACAUUUCAAGUUGUUGUCUAGCUUAUUUUAAAUGUUCUAAUACUUUCACUGUAUUCUAGGGGGGAAGCAUUUUUACUAUUAUAACCAGGACAGAAAGCACCAAACUGCAGACUAUGGGGACCUGUGCAGAGGUGAGGAGCCGGUCAUAUGCCAUUAUUUGCUUGAUUGGAUGUUGUUUUUAGUAACUUACUAAUAUAUGUUAAUAAUGAAUGAUGCAUAACCUAUGUUAGUCAGUACUACACUUGUGCAUGGCAAAACAAUUUGGUUUGUGCAACUUGGUUCAUCCAAAAAAAAAAAAACAUUUUGUUUGGGUGGAUCAAAAUUCGUCAAUGUGGUGUUUCCAUUUACACAUAUUUCAUACAUGCAAUAGUUUCCUUAAAAACUAUUCAGACAAAUCAAAAGGAUGCAAAAAAGGGCCAAUCGGUGUUCUGCAAAAUAUAUUCAUAUGCAUAUUUUCUCACCAUUUGGUUCACAGAUCUAAGCUUCAAUUUUGUAUUUUGGAUAAGCUUUUCAAAUGAUUUGAAAUUUUUGGAUAAACUUUUCAAAUAAUUUAAUAUUUUAAAAUGAAUUUUAAUAUUGUAAACCUUUUUGUUGAUAUAUUUAUUUAAAUCAAUGAAGCUGUUCAUCCUUGGUCUGUUUUGUUUGUAUCACGAUUCAGUCAUAUGGGGGUUUAGUGAUUUAGGAGUAUGGAAUUUGUCUGAAACCAAAUGCACAAGUCUAGUCUGUGACAUCAUUCUUGCCAUCUGAUAUCUUUGGCAUCUCUGUUUUUUCCUACUUGCACAUUUUUUUUCUUGCUCUCUCUUUCCCUUUCCAUUUCUCUCUUUCCGAUAAUGGUCUCUUUCAGAGUAGGACUGUACCUGAAGCCCAGUGCAUCAAUGAUGAGGACUGUGUCAAGGGAGGGGUGCAUAUACUUGGCAAUGGUAAGUCUCUAUAUUCUGCAGUGUCAAUACAGAUUCAUAAACUGAUUAUCCUGUUGUAUUCUAUAGGAGGUCUAUCUUAUUAUUUAUUGAUAUAAAUAUUUCAAUUGACUUUUCAUAGAAAUAAAAAUAAAUAAAUACAGAAAUAUAUUGCUUGAUGACCUAAUAUUUGCAUCCUACUGCAAUGAUGGUAGUGAAAUUGUGAUCACUAAUGUCACAUUUACAAUGUCAUCUUUAAAAUUGUGUUAUAGCAGAGAAGAUCAUAUUGUUGAUUUAUGGCUACAGUUGGGUGCGGUUGACUAAAGGUAGGAGAAGGUGGCAAUUGACCUAGGCAAGAUGUGAAUGUUAGAGUUUAAUUUUGAUAUCAAAUCAUUGCUAUGUCAAGCUGACUUGACUUCACUACUGAUUUUAAGCUCUCCUGUCGCUCAUCUGUCAAUCUUUACAUUGACUUCCUGUACUCUAUAGGAGUCAAUUACUAGCCCUUACCUAUAAAGCUCUAAACAUCUCUAGCCCCUAUUACAUUUCUUCACUCAUUUGUAAGCGCCCCCCUUCUCCAUUUCUCUGCCCUGCCGGGGACCUUCUCCUGACCACUGCUUGCACCCUUACUGCUAACUCUUUGGGCCAGCCUGCCUACCCCCAUAAGGCUCUUCUUUAGUCUUUAAUCAUUUAAGAAGUUCCUCAAAACCCAUCUCUUCAGAAAAGCCUAUGGCCUUCCUGAGUAACUAAUAUUUCACAAAUCUGUCUCUUGCUCUCUCCUAAAGAGCCACACUCCACUAGUUCUGCUACUUUUACGCCUAGUCGUUUGGUUGUUAUCCCCCUCAUGUUGUUAUACCCAACCUCCUUUAGAUUGUAAGUUUGUUUGAGCAGGAUUCUCUUCCACCUAUUGAUCCUGUAACAAUUUGUAAUUGUCUCAUUUAUUGUUAAAUUCCCCCUUUAUAAUAUUGUAAAUCUCUACGGAAUAAGUUGCUGUUUUAUAAAUGCCAAUAAUAAUAAUAAUACCAACUAAAUUAAAACUACAAAAUAAAAUAGAGCCAGUAUACACACUGGGUUAAGAACGCAAGGGUAAAUCAACCAAAUUAGAAAAACUAGUUACAGGAAUGGAAGUAUGUGCAAUAUGUAGUGUUACUAUAACAUAUGUGCAAUCCCUCGUUAAUAAUGCAUGUUACUUAAUGUUCUCUGGGGCCUGUUCAGCUAUUUAGAAACAAUAAAAGAAGGGGAAACUAUUUUAACUGCAGAUAUGGAGGUUUCACUUUAUAUCUAGAGAAGGAGGCCCCCUGGGAGCCUCCAUCUCACUUUUUUGAGAAGACAUUGGCCCUUUAUUUUUCUUUGUUUUCCUAUAUCUACUAGCGGUUAAGCCCCGAGACACCCCUGGAGUGUCUCACUGGUGUACCCUUUCUGUGACAGUGGAAACACUUCAGGACACACGCAGUGUCCCGCUGGUGUCCUGGUAUGAUUCAAUCAUAGAAAUCCCUCUAUUAUUUUCACUUAAUAUCUCCAUUGUUUCAUAUUGAUGCUUAAUUUACUUAACAUAAAACAGGAAAACACAUAGUACCCAAACAAGUUAAUCGGUUAACUAAACCUAGAGCAAGUGCACCAACAUUAUGGUGGAUUCUUCCCCAUUGAUAGAAAUUCAGUGUGACCAAUAUAGUUGCAAGUAUCUUAUGCUUUGAUUGGAUUGCCACUGAUUUUCCUGUUUUCCAACUGUAGGAACAACUAAUUGGUGUGUUUGUGUAAUAAGUUCUAUAUUUUGACAAAUUUGGUUUGGCAUAUUUGAUACAUAUUGGCUACAAUUGAUAAAUCCCACCAAGGAACAGAUUACGAUGAAUUUAAAUAGUAAAAAAAAUAUGUUAAAGGGACACUGUAGGCACCCAGCCUACUUCAGCUCAUUGAAGUGGUCUAGGUGCCAACUCCCAUCGCCCUUAACCCUGCGAUGUAAUUAUUGCAGUUUUUAUAAACUGCAAUAAUUACCUUGCAGAGUUAAGUCCUUCUCUAGACAGCCACUAAAGGGACUUCUGGCUUCUUAGACGACUUUUGGUCAUCUAAACAACGCUGGACGUCCUCACGCUAUGCAUGAGGACCUCCAGCGUCGCCGGAAUCCCCAUAGGAAAGCAUGGAAUAAUGUUUUCCUAUAGGGAGGUCUAAUGCGCGCACAAUCGGCCAUUGCCGUGCAUGCGCAUUAGGUCUCCCCCACCAGCGGACGUCGGCGUGGGGCGUGGGUGGAGCCUGACCCAGCACCGAGGGAUAUCAGCACUGGUUUCAGGUAAGUAUAUGAAUGGGUUUUAAGUGUGAUGGGGGCCGGAGGGAGUGGGGCACUCCAGGAUUCUCUAGCGCCAGGAAAACUGGUUUGUUUUCCAUGCACUGGAGAAUCCCUUUAACAUGCCAACAAUAGGCUUUAAUAGUUCUUAAAAUGUGGUUAUACUGAAAGUGCUGCAUACCUUUUGCAGGGGAACAGACGGGGCGCUGUAUCCAAGCUGGGAGGGGGUCACUGAAAACCUGUGAGAUUAUUGGUUGGUGCCCACUGGAAGAUGAAACUGUUACCAGGUUAGUAUAAAUAGGUAAUGAGGGUUCUAAUAAUUCACACAGAGAUUUAUUAAAAUGCGGUUUAUAAAUAAAACCAAGAGAGUCUUGAUUGUUUUUAUGAAUACAAAAUUUACAUACAUAUAUACUUAAGAUGAUAUGUACAGCUUGUACCUAGUAUGUUAUAUGUUGCUUUACUAAAUGUUUUAAAUGUUGCUCAGGGGUAGCAAACUCCAGAUAUUGUGUAAUACAUCUUCCCUGAUGCUUUGCCAUAAGUGUAGCCAGGGCCGCCAUCAGAACAUUUGGGGCCACCUACAAGCCUGCCCUCAGGAUGUGUGUUUUGUGGAUGCAGUGUGUGUUUGUGCACGUGUAGUGAAUGCAUUGUAUGUAUAUAUUGUGUUUGUAGAUAUAUAUACAUAUAUAUAUAUAUAUAUAUAUAUAUACACACACAAUUUGUGUUUGAAUAUAAGCAUGUUUUUGUAUGUAGUAUGUGUGUGAAUGUUGGAGUUUGAAUGCAGGUGUGCAUUUGUAUAUAGUGUAUACACUUCAACACACACUGAUACUCAGACACAUACACUGACAUACAUGCAAAUACACACACACACAGAUCCUCAAACAUUGACACAGAAUACACACACAGAUACACACACAUACUGACACACACAUACAUACUAACAGAAACACAUACUGAAACAGACAUACACAAAUACAUAUUGACACAUACUGAAACAGACAUACACACAUAUACAGACACAUACUAACAUACAUACAGACAUACAUACACACAAACACGUACUUGCAUACUGACAUACAUAUACACACACCCAUAUAUACAUACACACACAUACAGACACACACAUAUACAUACUGACAAACAUACACAUCUUAUUUUUCAGCCACCCUCCUGUUUCUUACUUUUUCAGUGCAGGAGUGAUGGGAGUCGGCUGGCUCUCCUCGAGUUCACCACUCUGUCGCUUCCCUUCUGCGCGGAGUGAGCUGGGAGGAAGUGACUAACCGUCACUUCCUCCCAGCAGUACUUGUGGUGUGGCUGGCAUCUUUAAAGGGGCCCGGCAUGCUAUUACCCAGCCGCAGCGCUAACGGGGCCCCUGAAGACAUAGGGCCCUAUCAGCGUGCAGGCACCGGCAGUAGUUCUGCAGCUAUACAUGGUUGUCACCUCCUGAUGGCAGCCCUGAGUAUAGCUGUAAGAGCAUUGUGGGAGAUGUAGUUCACAACAUCUGGAGUGCUGUAGGUUGCCAACCCCUGCUCUAUAAACUUUAUUAUACAGUGCGUUAAAAUAAAUGAAUAAUUAUGCCAGUUGCUAGAAAUAGGUAGUGUUAAUGUGAGAUAGAAUCUACUGAAUCUGAGCAUGUCAUGUAAUAUGUCAGACUGACCCAUCACAAUUGGAGAUAUUAAGACCUCAUUGUUGCGGAGCUGCAAUUUUAUAAUCCCAGGAUCUCUGCUGGUAGAAUGCAAUAACCAAGUACCAAGCUGGAAGCAGGCAAUAUUCCCAAAUCCUCCCAAGAACCAGACGAAACACAGUCUGAGAGUCAACUGCCACUUUAUUCAAAAAGACUGAUAUUUAAAGCAGGUCACUCAACUGUCACUUUAUUCAAAAUAACAACUUAGUCAGUUUUAAUAGCAAUGCUAACGAAUGGGGAGGAUUCGAACAGACAUACACAGUACAGCAUAAAUUAAACAUAGCCGGAGACGCCACACUAUACCGGCGCGCAGUACACAACAGAAAAUAGGCACAACAAUUCUAUCUUAGGCAGUCCCAAGUGGCUAGGUUUGCCACACUGCUCCCCCAAAACCAAGCCGGCAUACACAGUCUGAUCCCAACGGAUCGGCUUGGGGAUGUCCGGGGGAGUGCUCACAGAUCAUUUCUCAAGUUCUGUCUGUCUGGACAACCCAUCGGCGUUACCAUUCUGUUUUCCAGGGCGAUAAUGGAUCGUGAAAUCAAACGGCUGCAGCGCCAAACUCCAGCGCAACAGCCGGGCAUUGUCUCCUGACACCCUGUGUAGCCACACCAAUGGGUUGUGAUCUGUGAGCAAGGAGAAUGGUUGUCCAUACAAAUAUGGUUGUAACUUUUUGAGGGCCCACACCACGGCCAGGCAUUCCUUCUCGAUGGCGGCGUAGCCUACUUCCCUUGGUAGUAAUUUUCUGCUUAAGUAAGCUACGGGAUGUUCUCCGCCAUCAGCUCCCACUUGGCUCAGUACUGCCCCCAAUCCAAACAUGGAAGCGUCUGUGUGAACAAGAAAUCGUUUAGUUGGAUCAGGGGCAGUUAACACAGGAGCCUUAGUUAAUGCAGUUUUUAGUUCAUGGAAUGCCUGUUCACACUCUGGGGCCCAGUUGACCUGUCGUGGCAAGUUUUUCUUGGUCAAGUCCGUCAGGGGUUUGGCCAGGGCGCUGUAAUUGGGCACAAAUUUUCUGUAGUAACCAGCGGUACCAAGGAACGCCAAUACUUGUGUCUUUGUCCUGGGGGUAGGCCACUUAGCUACUGCCUCUAUCUUGGCCGGUUCGGGCCUCUGCUGUCCGCAUCCUACCCUGUGACCCAGGUACUGCACCUCUGCCAUCCCUAUGUGACACUUGCUAGGUUUUAGUGUCAGCCCUGCCUCUCCAAUACGGUCAAUGACCACACUAAUAUGUUUCAAAUGAUCUGCCCAGGUCUGGCUAUAAAUGGCUAUAUCAUCUAAGUACGCACAGGCGUACUCUUGGAACCCGUCCAGUAGCCGAUCUACCAUCCUCUGAAAGGUAGCCGGAGCGUUUUUCAUCCCGAAAGGCAUGACCCGAAAUUGAUACAGGCCAAACGGGGUGACAAACGCCGACUUGGGGAUGGCCUCCUCGGCUAGUGGAAUCUGCCAGUAUCCCUUACACAGAUCAAUGGUAGUGAGAUACUGGCCUCUUGCCAUCCUAUCUAGCAGCUCGUCUAUACGGGGCAUCGGGUAGGCGUCAGACACUGUUUUGUCAUUGAGCCUCCGGUAGUCUACACAAAACCGCGUGGUGCCAUCCUUCUUGGGUACUAGCACUACCGGUGAUGCCCAGGGGCUAUCUGAAUGUUCGAUAACCCCUAACUGCAACAUUUCCUCAAUUUCUUUCCUCAUGUGCUCCCUUACUGCUUCAGGGAUACGAUACGGAGUCUGUCUCAUAGGGAGCUGUCCUGGGGUCUCUACUCGGUGGGUAGCUAACAGAGUGUACCCUGGUAAAUUGGAGAAGGUAGCACCUUUUGCCGCAAUCAACUCCUGUACCUGGGCACGCUCCUGGAGACUUAGCCGCUCCCCCAGCUGCACACCUGUAGCGUUUUCUGCAGAAUCUUCCUUUUCUAACAUGUCUGGCAAGGGCAGAUUCUCAUAAUCCUCAGUGGCUGGGGCACAGAUGGCUGCUACCUCCUCUAUUCUCUGGUGAUAGGGUUUGAGCAUGUUCACAUGGAGCAUGCGUCGUUUCCCUACCCCAGAGCACGGGCCGAUCACAUAAGUGGUGUCACAUCUCUGUUCUACCACUUGGUAUGGGCCCUGCCAGGUGGCCUGUAGCUUGUCUGUGCGGACAGGUUUUAAAAUUAGAACUUUCUGUCCCACCUGAAAGCUACGGUCUCUGGCUCCCCUAUCGUACCACCGGCGUACCACUGUCGCCGCUGAGCCGCCCGGAGGUUCUCCCGUACGGUUUGGGUUAGAGCCUCCAAGCGGUCCCGGAACUCCAGCACGUAUGGCACAAUGGGGACUCCAUCUGCACUGCUCCCCCCCUCCCAAUGUUCUCUAAUUAAGUCUAGGGGUCCCCUCACCCUUCUCCCAAACAAUAACUCAAACGGAGAGAAGCCGGUAGAUUCCUGUGGCACUUCUCGGUACGCAAAAAGCAGAUGGGGUAAAAACCUCUCCCAGUCUUUAUGGGACUCCCCAAAUGUCCUGAGCAUCUGCUUCAAGGUACCGUUAAAGCGCUCACACAACCCAUUGGACUGCAGGUGAUAGGCAGAAUUUACAAUUAGCUUAAUGCCACAUAACUUCCAUAGCUGGUGGGUCACUUCGGCUGUAAAUUGGGUCCCCCUAUCCGAAAUUAUCUCUUGGGGAAAUCCCAUCCUGGAAAAUAUCUUCAUCAUAGCUUCGGCUACCGUUUCUGCUUGUAUAUUGGAAAGGGCUAUAGCCUCCGGGUACCGGGUGGCAUAAUCUACAAUGGUCAGAAUAUACCGCUUGCCGGAAGGGCUAGGCUUGGACAGUGGUCCUACUAUAUCCACUGCUACUCUGCUAAAGGGUUCUUCAAUAAUGGGAAGGGGCACAAUUUCGCUUUGUGGCGGUCACCCCUUUUUCCCACUCUCUGACAAAUGUCACAUGUCUGACAAUACUGUCUCACAUCUCUAGAUAUACCUGGCCAGAAAAAUGCAUGUGUCAAUCUGUACCUCGUUCUUGUCAUCCCUAAAUGCCCAGACAGCGGAAUAUCGUGGGCAAUUCUAAGCAGUUCCUGCCGGUAUUUCUGGGGCACUAUAAGCUGCUUAUUAGUCACAUGUACAGACCCCCCUACCACCCGCUCAGCAACACGAUAUAACAGAUUUUUCUCCCAUACAUACUGUUCUCCCUCUAAACCUGUCUGACCAGCUGUCGCCUUAUCCUUAUAAAUUUGCAACGUGGGAUCGUUUUUAACCUCUGCCUCAAAGUCAGUCGGGGUAUCCCAGGAAACACGGGUUACACGGGGUACAUUGUCUCUUACCUGAGCCUCAGAGUGUGUGGAAGAUGAAGCCGUGGUGCGAGCCUGCUGAUGGGUGGUCACUGGAUAUGCCUCAUGGCGAGGACUUUGGGGCACAAAAGCGGAAGUCAUUUGCCCCAGGUCAUUCCCCAAAACAACAUCAGCUGGUAACUUGUGCAUCAGCCCCACCUCCACCAUACCUUCCCCCGCACCCCAAUUCAGAUGUACCUUGGCAGUUGGUAGCUGGUACAUGGCACCCCCUGCUACCCGGACUGCUACCGAUCCCCCGGUAUGUGCUGAUCCUGACACCAAAUGCGGGGCAACCAAAGUUAAGGUAGCGCCGGAAUCACGUAGCCCCUGUACCUCUUUCCCUUCCACGGUCUGGCAAUGUGGUUGUCGGUUGUCAGUAGCAUGGAUGGACAUUACAUCGUGCAAAACGCCCAGGGGUUCAUCAGCCGACUCAAGCGGCACUCCUGGCAAAGUUGGCUCUGCAUGAUAAUAAUGAGCAGCUGCCCGCGGGGCCAUAUUCUGCCGGAGCUGAUUCCAGUUCUUGUGGCUCCGGUUUUGGGUGCACUCCCGGGCCAUGUGCCCCCAUUGCUUACAGGCAUGGCACUGGAUGUUGGACCUGCCAUUAUAACGGGAGUGGGGAGGCUGUCGCUGGGGCAGGAGCAAUAACUGGAAACGGUUGCGGGUUGGGUUUUGCAUACCCUCGGUUAUUAUUUUUAUGAUGCCUCCUAGCAUCAUAAUGUUGGUCGGCCAAUCGUGCCGCUUCGGUUAGGGUGUGAGGAUUUCGGUCAUUCACCCAUUCUUGAGCCUCUGGUGCCAGGCCAUUACAAAACUGCUCCAGUAGCAACAUCUGGCGUAACUCUUCCAUGGUGGUAGCUCUGCUGGCUUGUAUCCAGCCUUGUGAGGCUUGGUCAAGCUUGUGUGCCCACUCCGCAUGUGAGUCUUUGUCCCCUUUUUUCAAUUCUCGGAACUUGCGCCGGUAUGCCUCUGGGGUAAUGGCAUACCUUUCUAAUAGCGCCUGCUUUACCUUGUCAUAAUUCUUGCUGUCCUCUCUGGGUACAGCCCGGUAGGCGUCUGCUGCACGCCCAGACAGUUUGCCUGCCAACAAAGGUACCCACAUAGCUUGCUCUACAUCAUGCAAGUCACACAAUCUUUCAAAAUCUUGCAAGAAUCCAUCUAUUUCGUCUUUAUCUUCGCAAAAAGUUUUAAAUGCAUGAUGUGGUAUUUUUGGCCUUCCCUGGCCCACAGUUGAAACAGCAGCGGUUUCUGCUUGAGGUGAGAAGGCUUGAUUCAUUUGCGCCAUCACGUACUCCUGUGCAUCCGCCGAAAUUAUGGUCAUAAUUUCUGGAGAUACUGCAGCGGGCCAAAAUGCCAAUCUUGUCCUCAUUUCUCGUUCAAAUGGGGUCUCCUCCAUGUUUGCUGGGGGUGUAGCACUACGAGCUCGGUCUCCUUCCAUUAGCUCGGCAAUAAGUCUUGCUUUUGGCUUAUUGCUGGCUAUCUUACCCCUGGCUUCCAACAGCUCCUUUAACGUUUCAAUAUGGUGUAGUCCGUCCCCAUUCACUUCUGCAUCUGUAUCAAUUGCCUUCUGCUUUCCAGUAUGUCAAUUCCAAUUGUAUAAACAGCGUUUUUCCUGCUGUACGGUUGGAUCCCGCCGCUUGCCACCAAUUGUUGCGGAGCUGCAAUUUUAUAAUCCCAGGAUCUCUGCUGGUAGAAUGCAAUAACCAAGUACAAAGCUGGAAGCAGGCAAUAUUCCCAAAUCCUCCCAAGAACCAGACGAAACACAGUCUGAGAGUCAACUGCCACUUUAUUCAAAAAGACUGAUAUUUAAAGCAGGUCACUCAACUGUCACUUUAUUCAAAAUAACAACUUAGUCAGUUUUAAUAGCAAUGCUAACGAAUGGGGAGGAUUCGAACAGACAUACACAGUACAGCAUAAAUUAAACAUAGCCGGAGACGCCACACUAUACCGGCGCGCAGUACACAACAGAAAAUAGGCACAACCAUUCUAUCUUAGGCAGUCCCAAGUGGCUAGGUUUGCCACACUCAUGCUAUAACGUCUGUCCAUUGAUUUCUCGCAAGCCACAAACUGUCUCUUCAAAACAUGUAUCCGUCCUUUCCUGUGUAAUGAAAAUAUAUUGAGUUAAUUAUGGUAGAGGUCGGUUUUCUAUAUGUAUUUGAAGGGAGACACCUGUUGCCUGUGAACCGUUCAACCUCAUGACAAAUUAAAAGCUAUGCUAGAAGAAUGGGCUGUAAAUUUUUACUCAAAUGCUAGAACUGGCACAUUGCCAUUAUUUAAAACCAUCAAUUAUUUGGUCCUAAAAUAGAAACUUGACGAAAUUUGCACGAGAAUAUUUUUUUAUGUAAACACCAUGUUUACAAAAACACAAUAUGAAAAUUCAGCUUUACCCACAAUAUAACAUUUAGGAAACCGGUGAAUUGCUUGACAUUGGACUGUUAAUGGUACUCCUCAAAGUCACAUAUCUAUUGAGUAUCAAGGAUUGAUUUAUGUAAAAGGAGCUAAUCUUGUACCAAAUCCUUGAAUUGAAAAAAGAAACAAUGUUUGCUGAUUGCACCGAUUUUUCCCAAUAAUUUAGGUAAUUUGUAUUGUAUUUACAAGUUCACCUAUAUUACAUAUUCUGGCAUAUUUUUUACAUUUCAGCACCACAUUGUAUUAACAUAUAAUUAUGUUUAGUUCAAACUAUAUCUUGAUAUUUGACCAGUUUUAAGAUAUAAACUGUUAGCUCUUAAGAGCAGCCAUUCAGAGUCCAACAUACCAAAAGACGAAAAGCUAAAAUUAUAAUGAAAGUGUUUCCAUACUGAAAAUAUAUAUGGAAUUAUUCCCAAGUGUCCUUAAAUUCUUUUCUCAAAACCAAUGUUACCUCCUCAUAUUACAUCCAGGAAUGACAAGGCCUGACUAAUCUUAUUGCUGGAAAUCAAACUUAAUUAUAUAAUCGAACAUAAACCGGUGUCAGUACAAUUUAAAUCCCAUUUCUUUGUUGAUUUUUCUCAAUUUUUACAUACAACCCACUAUGCCCAUGCUGAUUUCAUGCUUCUGUCUCUUGUUACUCAUAUUAUCUAAUUCCCAUGCCUUCAUCACAUUUCCAUAUUUACCUUAUCUCUUCUCAUCUUACAGUCUCUCGCUUUCUCUUUUUAUCAUGUUUCUCUCUCUUUAGAAUACUUGUUCUUGUCUCACUUUUUCGGUCUCUACAUAUAUCUCUAAUCUUUUUGAAUCCAAUUUCUCCUCUGUAACUCUCUUAAUCCUUGAAUUUCUAUCCAUCUACAACUCUCUUUUUGAUAUCUGUCUAGUUUCAGCCUUUGUACUGCUCUUUAUUUUACUAUAUCGUUUUAAACUCAUCCACUUUUUAUUGACCUAUUAGCUCUACCUUUUAUUCUCUCUCACCCUCUCAUUUUAGUGAAUCAUUGCAAGAAUUUGUUCCAAGCUUCACUAUUUUAAUCAAGAACGUUAUCCACUUUCCUCAAUUUGGAUUUUCCAAGUAAGAUUUAAUUGUUUGUUGAGUUAAACCAUUGCACAUCUCAAAAAUAUACCCAUCUAGAUUGAAAUUAUUUUCCUGUUCUCUUAUAAGAGUCAUCUAAUGCUUUAGCAUCUUCCAGCAUGUCCUAUUUCAGUAGUAAAUCUCUUUCUACGUGUGAUUGUGCAAAUAACUAAGCCAAUCAGACAAUCAAUUAUGUUAAUUGUGUUCUGCUUGAGAGUGUUCAAUGCUUGUGUUUUAGGACAUUGCUUUCAUGAAUUUACCCUAUGAAAGAUGUGACAGUCAAGACUUCCAAAAUAUACAAAUGCAUUGCCUAACUUUUUUUUCAUCUAAGUUUUAAUAUUUAAGACAGGGUGGGAGAAAACAUGUUAAAUGUGCAUUUAAUUAGGUCAACAGGCAGAAAGGGAGGGCUUGAACCCAAUAAUUUAAAGAGCAAAAGUAGGACUAAUACCCUGACCACGAAAUCAGAAAUAAAACGUAACCUUUAUCAGAUAUCUGAUAAGAAAUAGAAAAUAUAGUAAUACAAAAGUGAACAGAAUCAAUAAAUUACUGUCACAUAGACAUAAAAAAACAUGAGAACUAGGUCUUUAGUGAACGAAGUAUUGACAAAAAGACAAGGGAAAACAAAACAUAACAUAUAACUACAUAUAUAUAUACAAUAUAAGUAUAAUGGUACCAGUCUAUUUAAUGUGGAUGCAGAGACCAAAUCCCUAGAAUAAAAGGAUAUAACUGGUAUUUAAGGUGAUCUUGGCUCUGUAACAAGCUGUAAAUAGGCCAUAUAUUAAGUUUUAAUAUAUCAAGCAGAUACACUAUUACACUGUAUACCAUGAAUUUAGAAUACUGCCCUAUAGAAACUGGAUAUGAUUAGUCAUGUAACUUAAAUAUUAUUUAGAAGAAGCUUCAUAAGAUGACCUACUUAUAAAGCAUUCACAGCUUAGAAGGUACAUUGUCCUGGCAACAGUACCAAAUCCUAUCGAAAAACAUUCUGCAACACUCAAGUAACCCAUGGGACUUUCCUCUUUAUUUUUUGUGACCCCUCUCUUGCGUCUUUGAUUGUUGAUCUUUAAAUGCAAUAAUGCCAAAUGAUUUGUUAAAUAUUUCUUGGCAGUGUGUACAGUACAGCUUCACAUUAUUUUCCAAUAAGUGCUGAGCAGCACUUUGAUGGAGAAAUAAAAUUAACUUUACUGCGCAAUCAUGAAUAAUUUUUCAUAGAAAUUGUCUUAGAGCUUUUAACUCUGUGUUUUCACUCAUUCUGUGGAUUGACUGAUUGAACACCUUUGAGACAUGCUAAGCCUAUUAGUACGUAAUGAUGACGGUAAUCAUCAGGCCGUUUAAAUCAAAUGCCAUAUAGAACCAUGGACUUAACAUAAAAUAAUUAAAGUUUUAACUUAUUUUACCAUAUUAUGCAUUUGACUGUUCCUUUCAUAAUAAUUUCACAAAGUUACCUUCUUUUUUUUACGUUUCCAUUACUCAUUUAUCCACUUUAGGGGCAACAUAGAGGGGCAGGAUUUCUUGAGGAACUGCACCUAUCAUCCCAUCUCCUCACCUUCAUGUCCCAUAUUCACCGUGGGCUUCAUUGUGAGUGAGGCUGGUGUCAACUUCACAGAAAUAGCAUAUAAGGUCAGACAUGAAAAGUAUAUAGGGAAAUUGUGUGUUUUAUUAGGAACCGUCAAUAAUAUUAAGCUUUUAAAGGGACACUAUAAGCACAAGAACAACUUUUUAGUUUAAUGAAGCAGUUUUGGUGUAUAGAUCAUGUCCCUACAGUCUCACUGCUUAAUUCUCUGACAUUUAGAUGUAAAAUCACUCUUUUUUUCUGUUUAUGCAGCCCUAGCCACACUUCCCCUGGCUGUGACUCACACACACCCUGCAUAAAUAAAAUGGUUUCAUUUUCAAUCAGAUGUUAUCUUAGAAGUUUUUAUCUCUUGCUCUGUAAUUUGAACUUGAAGCACACACAGAAGGCUUCUGCAGGGUCUAGCAAGCUAUUUACAGAGAAAAGAAAUUCUAAAUUAAACAGAACAUGUAAACAUUAGGACUCUUUAUAGGAAGUGCUUAGAAAGGCUAUGUAAGUCAAAUGCAGGAAGGUGUACACAGGGCUGUAUAAACAAAGCGAUUUAACUCCUAAAUGGCAGAGAAUUAAUCAGUGAGACUGCAGGGCCAUGAUACAUACAUCAAACCUGCUUCAUUGAGUUAAAGUAGUUUUGGUGACUACACUGUCCUUUGUAAGUGAGUUAUAUUAGAACAUUUCAUACAUUUUUUAGUAUGAAACCAAAAUACAAUAUUUCUCACAUGAAGCAAGCGUGAUGAAAAUAGAUAAAUAAAAUCCUGUGUAUAGGUAUUUGUAAGGCAUUACUAUCAUUACAGCUUACUAAAAUAACUGAGAAUGUAAAACAUAUGUCCACAUUUGAACUUAAUAUCCACAAAUCAGGAAGUAUAAAAAAAAAACCUUAUAGUUCUAAAAUAAGAUUUUUAAAAAGUGCAAUAGCAAUAUUUUCUUUAACAAUUGCUGGAAUGCUAAUAUAGUGCUAAUAGUUAAAUGGGAGAACUCAUAUACUCCAUUACCCAUCACUGCAAAGCCUGGUGUGAUCCACCGACACUACCUUUACUUUGGAAAGAGAGAGGUAGCUGUCAUUUUCAGGAUUUUUACAGAUAUUAAAUGAGUGAAUAGAUUCAUGGCAGAGAAAUGUGUUCCUCUAAGGCAGGGGUCCUCAAACUACGGCCUGCAGGCCGGAUCUGGCCCCCCAGGGUCCUGAACCCGGCCCCAGCAUUCAGGGCCACCCGAUGAGCCCUAUAUCUUUAGGGGUCCGGUCAGCGCUGCAGGUGUGCAAUAGCGCAACCGGGCCCCUUUAAAAAAUUGCGGCCGCAAGUAGUGCUGGGAGGAAGCGACGGUCGGUCACUUCCUCCCAGCUCCCUCUUCGCAUGAGGGAAGAGAGACACACCCAGGCCACAAGGACGGGAGAGCCACGCCCACUCCCAUCAGCCACAGCCACCUUCCUGCAAAAAAAAAAGGUAAAAAAAAUUAGUUAUGUGUAUGUAUGUAUGUGUCUGUAUGUAUGUCAGUAUGUGUAUGUAUUUCAGUAUGUAUGUGUAUGUAUGUCAGUAUGUAUGUCUGUGUGUCUAUGUGUAUGUAUUUCAGUAUGUAUGUAUGUAUGUAUGUCAGUAUGUAUGUCUGUGUGUCUAUGUGUAUGUAUUUCAGUAUGUAUGUAUGUAUGUAUGUCAGUAUGUGUCUCUAUAUAUGUGUAUGUAUCUAUCUGUAUGUAUGUCAGUAUGUGUAUGUAUGUAUCUGUAUGUAUGUUUAUAUAUUUCAAUAUGUAUUGUAUGUAUGUAUGUGUACGUUUUUCAGUAUGCAUAUCAGUGUGUCUGUGUGUGUGUAUCUGUAUGUAUGUCAGUAUGUGUCUGUCUGUAUGUAUGUGUUUGUGUGUUUGUAUGUAUGUAUGUAUGUCAGUAUGUGUAUGUUUGUAUGUAUUUCAGUAUGUAUGUCUGUGUCUGUCUGUCUGUCUGUAUGUGUUUGUAUGUAUGUGUAUGUCUAAAUGUAUGUGUAUGUAUUUCAGUAUGUAUGUGUGUAUGUGUGUGUGUGUGUCUGUAUGUAUGUUAGUAUGUGUCUGUUUUCAAACUAUAGUCCGGCCCCCAACCGUGUCUGAGUGACAGUGAACUGGCCCCCUGUUUAAAAAGUUUGAGGAUCCCUGCUCUAAGGGAACAUCGUAAUUUCCAGAGUAUAAAUUUAUUUAUUUGAACUAACUUUUAUAAUAAACGCAACCAAUUCAGUAAAGAUAAAUGGAUUGAAAAAAUGCAUUGUACAGCUGGCAAUGAGUAACAUGUGAGAUGGUCUUGUUUUGUUUAGGUGAACAGUUUCUAAACAUUUCUGUCUUUCUGCAUAGGGUGGAAUUAUAGGGGUUAUCAUUAACUGGAAUUGUAAUUUAGAUUUGCAUCCUUCAAAUUGUCAUCCACAAUAUUCAUUCCGAAGACUUGACUUGCAGAGCAAAGUGUCCUCUGGAUACAACUACAGGUAUAGGUGUAGAUAUUGCUUAUACUGUUAGAAUGUUUUCUAUUUAAUAAACUCUAUUGGCCAGACCAAGCAAAUCAGCCAUUAAGACUUUAGUGAAUAGCCCUGGUGGUCUUUAGUACAUUUCAGAAAUAUCGCUUACAGCCCAUAUCAUCAAUGAUAAUAUGAAAUUGCUCUUUAACAUUCUCUUAGACAUGUUAUUUUUGGGGGAAAGAAGAAAGUGGAAAUGCACUUUGCACUGUGAGUGUAAUGAUUAUCCCAACACGCAGAGUGAAAAUCCACCAGUAGAAACAGAGACAGAAAGAAAGUCCCUAAGCCAGUCCUUAGAGUGGCCAGAUAAAAGAAAAAAACUACAAGAAAUGUCAAAAACAAGCCAAGGUCAAGUGAAGCCAGAAAUACACAAUAACAAGGAAAGAAGCCGAGUCAGGGAAAUCAGACGAGUCGAGAGCAAGCUGGGUCAAAACUAAAGAUGUCGCGAACUGUCCGCCGAACUGUUCGCGAACUGUCCGCUGGCAAACAAUAGCGUGUUCGCGUUAGGCGAACAUAUCCGAUUUCCGGUCCGCCACCUAUACGUCAUCAUUGAGUAAACUUUGACCCGGAACCUCACAGUCCGCAGACACUUCCUGGGAGGGAGGGUCUGCUGCUGAUUGGGUGGAAUGUGUCUGCUGGCUGUGAGGUUCCGGGUCAAAGUUUACAUUUGGCAUCCUAGAGCUCAUGAAACCACUCUUGGAUUUGUUUAGCACUGUAUAUAGAGAUAUUAUCACAUGUGCUCAAGAAAAGGAAAAAUGGGUUUGUAUUAUUUGUAUUAUUUGGCUGGUCUACAAACAUGUUGAACAAUUUUUAGGCUUUAAGGCCUAUUUAAUAAACAGUGAAUUGUGGUGAAUUGAAAUAUAAAAAAAAAAUUGAGAAUUUUUCCAUUGUAGCUAUUUUGACCUAAAUUUAAAAAAAAAAAGCUUUCAAUUCCCCACAAUUUAUUGUAUAGUUAAUAAAAUCUACAACUAUACCCACAGUCUUCCCAUACUAGUUUAGCAGCUUUCUACAGACAUUUGGCUGAAAGCAUCCUUUGGCUCUUUUCAAGCUUAAAUUUUUGCUGGAUCUUAAAUAUCGGUUGAAAGAUAACUCAUCAGGAGAUAUUAAUUUCCUUGUGCUCAAGGUCCAGGCUUUGUGCUCCUUAGUGCACCAAGUUAUGCGUUGUUUUGGUUAGCCUUGGACAUAAGAAAAUUAUGAAAAAUUAGUUCUAGCUCAGAUUCUUGAAAUAAUACGGAUACCUUUAAGGUCAGUCAGGCUGAUGUGGAUGCUUUAAAAUAGAACUCGUCCAGUUCAGUUUGUAGGCAGUUAACUAAAUAAUAGUAAAUUAAGUAGGAUAGUAAAUCUUGUUAACUACCCAAUAACGUGGCCUACAAAUUGACUUGAUAAAUAGAAUGAUUUAAUGUAUAUACCAAUUUCCAGUGGUUCAAACCAAAUGUAUAUAACAAUAAAUAAAGGGGAAAAAAAUGUUUUCUAAAAUUAAACGCCACCACCAAGCUCUGAAAAUAACAAUACACUCACAGAAUGAAGAAUAUAAUACAAAUACCUUGGCUGAACAUUUUUGGUUGGUUAACUUUGUUAAAAAGAAGAGAGAAAAAAAUUAUAUAUCGCAGUCAGUUUUGACUGCAAUAAAACAAUAAAAAGCAGUAUCACUAAUAAAUAGUAUGGCCAUAACAAUGGGCAAAACAACGUUGGCCUAAUGGGCUCUCAGAUCUCCAGUCCAGUCUGCCAACUCAUGCACUGCAAAAUGUGACUUGGGUCUUUCAGGCAAGGUGCUUCGUGUGGCACAAGUAACUCAAUGCAUUUCAUCCGGACUUCAUCAAGAGCUUGUGUUCGUUUACUUUAUCUUACCUCCUUUAGUGCUUCAAUGACCUAUUUAUUGCGCUAGCCUGACAGCAUACUAUGAUGUCACCAUAUCCAGCAUAGUCACAUAGUGAUGUGAUACCAUCAUGCACUGUUUUAUGGAUUCUUUUUAUUGUAAUUGGAACUUUGAGCAAAGGUACCCAUUUAAAAAAUUUUCAAACCGAUUUGAACUAUAUUCCUCAUUCUGUGGAUAUAUUAAAUUAUUAGCAUAUUGUAAUUUCCACCACCUGAUAAUAUUGUUAAGAUGCACAAAAACAUAUUGUUUUCGUAUUUCUUAUUAAAUGUUCAUUUUAUUUUAUCACCAUUGGAAAGAGCCAAUAGCCAAUAUAAUUUACAUUUGCAUUGACAACUCAUUUGGUAUGAGUUUAUAUUAAUUUAUUUACCUAUAGUUUGGAGUUUAGUUUAUGGAUGUGUGUUCUUGCUCCCCCUGUUUCAGUCUUUUGCUUCACUUUUUCUACUCAUUCAGAUAUGCCAAAUAUUACAAAAAGAAUGGUACAGAGUCUCGCACCCUCAUCAAGGUGUAUGGAAUUCGUAUUGACGUGAUUGUCCAUGGAGAGGUAGGGAUCACAUAUACAGUGGGGCAAUAAGGAUGGAGAAGCCUAACAUAGAAUCUUCAAAAUGUCUAGAUCCUUUCCAACAUCACCACCAUGAAUUUGAAGUUCAUUUUCAAAUAGUCAUGCACCUUGCAUUAGUUGGUUGAGAGAGAGAGAGAUAUCGUUGAAAAUGAUCGGAUUACACAGUUAACAAGAACAAAAGGGGGGGUGGAAGGCGCACAUAAUGACAGGGUAUACUAUGAAGUGCACACAGGCAGGGCCAGAUUAACAUAGGGGCUAAUGGAGCUGCAGCUCCAGGCCCAUUUAAAAAAAAUUCUACACACUACUCUUGGGUUUGCCACCUGACUGGUAUUUUACCAGCACAGCCGAUAUUUAAGGCUGCCUGGCCGUGUCGGUAUUGCAGUAAUACCGGCAAUACAAAUGCAGAUAUUUUUCUCAGUAUAAACGGAGAUUACUCUGCAAUACCAGCACCAACCAGUAGGGGUCAUUGUGUGUGGAGAGAGGCAGGGAUAGGAAGUUACAGCAUCUCCCUCCCUGCCUCUCUCUACUCACUGAUCCGUGGGGGAGCAGCUACACAGCACAGAGAGUUCAGAUAGCAGCUCCCAACCUGCAGAGACAGACUACAGCUCAGGGAAGUGAAGGAUUGGGGGGGGGAGCAGCAGGGAAACAUGGGAACACUGAGACACUAGGUAACACAGAGACACACUGAGGCAUGGGGAUGCUGUGAGACACAUUGGGAAACGGAAACGGACGGAGACACUAGGGACACAGUGUCCCCAUGUCUCACAGCCAGUGACCCUAGUGUAUCAGUGUCCCUAUGGCUACCAGUGUCCCCAAAUGUCUGUGUCCACGUCUCCCAGCCACUGUGCACAUGUCUCCCAGUGUCCCUAUGUCCCAGUGUCCCCUAGUCUCCAAGUGUCCCCAAAUGUCUGUGUCCACAUGUCUCCUAGCCAGUGUUCACAUGUCUCCCAGUGUCCCGAUGUCUCCCAGCCAGUGUCUCAGUGUCCCCAUGUUUCUCAGUGUCCCCAAAUUUUUCAGUGUCCCCAUGUCUAUGUCCACAAGUGCCCCCAUGUCUUACAGUAUCCCCAUGCCUCCCAGCCAGUGUCCGUAGUGUCUGUGUCCCCAUGUCUCCCAGUGUCUGUGUUCGCAUGUCUCAGUGUCCCUAGUAUCUUAGGGUCCCCAAAUGUCUGUGUCCCCAUGUCUCCCAGUGUCCACAUGUCUCCCAGCCAGUGUCAUCAUGUCUCCCAGUGUCCCCAUGUCUAUGUCCACAAGUGCCCCCAUGUCUCAUAGUGUCACCAUGCGUCCCAGCCAGUGUCUCUAGUGUCUCAGUGUCUCCAUGUCUCCCAGUGUCUCCUAGUCUCCCAGUGCCUGUGUUCUCAUGUCUCAGUGUCCGUGGUAUCUUAGGGUCCCCAAAUGUCUGUGUCCCCGUGUCUCCCAGCCAGUGUCAUAAUGUCUUCCAGUGUCCCUAUGUCUAUGUCCACAAGUGCCCCCAUGUCUCAUAGUGUCACCAUGCGUCCCAGCCAGUGUCAUCAUGUCUCCCAGUGUCCCCAUGUCUAUGUCCACAAGUGCCCCCAUGUCUCAUAGUGUCCCCUAGUCUCCCAGUGUCUGUGUUCGCAUGUCUCAGUGUCCCUAGUAUCUUAGGGUCCCCAAAUGUCUGUGUCCCCAUGUCUCCCAGUGUCCACAUGUCUCCCAGCCAGUGUCAUCAUGUCUCCCAGUGUCCCCAUGUCUAUGUCCACAAGUGCCCCCAUGUCUCAUAGUGUCACCAUGCGUCCCAGCCAGUGUCCCCACAUUUUUCAGUGUCCCCAUGUCUCAGUGUCACCAUGCCUCCCAGCCAGUGUCCCUAGUGUCUCAGUGUCCCCAUGUCUCCCAGUGCCUGUGUUCCCAUGUCUCAGUGUCCCUAGUACCUUAGGGUCCCCAAAUGUCUGUGUCCCCAUGGCCCCAGUGGCCCAUGUCUCCCAGUGUCCCCAAAUUUGUCAGUGUCCCCAUGUCUAUGUCCACAAGUGCCCCCAUGUCUCAGUGUCACCAUGCCUCCCAGCCAGUGUCCCUAAUCUCCCAGUGCCUGUGUUCCCAUGUCUCAGUGUCCCUAGUAUCUUAGGGUCCCCAAAUGUCUGUGUCCCCAUGUCUCCCAGUGUCUGUGUCCCCAUUUCUUCCAGUGUCCCCUAGUCUCCCAGUGUCUGUGUUCCCAUAUCUCAGUGUCCCUAGUAUCUUAGGGUCCCAAAAUGUCUGUGUCUCCCAGUGUCUCCCGUGUCUGUAUCCACAAGUGUCCCCAAGUGUCUCAGUGCCCCCAAGUGUCUCAUUGUCCCCAUGUCUCACCAUGUCUGUCUAUCCUUCCUGACCUCUCUUUCUCAGUGGGAGGCAAAACUUGGCCUUGGGGUUAAAAAAAGAAAAAAAAAAGCAUUAAAAAAAAAAUUACCAAAGUUUUAUGAAAUCACUGGUUUUUGGUUGGAGUAAUGGUUUUAUAAGGAUGCUGGGAUUAGCCAUUUUUUUGCAAAAAUAUAAGUAUUACUGACCAGUUUAUAUUGCGAGGAAGAAGUUUACUUUAUAAGAUAACUUAAUUUAUUCUGUCUUUCAGGCUGGGAAAUUCAGUCUUAUCCCAACCAUCAUUAACCUGGCCACAGCACUAACAUCUAUUGGUGUAGUAAGUACAUGCUCCCUUUUUGCACCCACAUGCAGUCGGUAAUCUUAUCAUGUAUAAAACAAGAAUGUUUGACAAAUUCAGAUAUUCUAGAAUAUUUUACCUACAUGUCCAGUGGUAUAUAUAUUAAAGUGAAAAAUCCCUGAUAUAGACACAUAUUGAUGACUGGUCACUGGAGAGGCACUGUCAAGAGUAUAAAUAGCUGGUCUGUAUAGCUAUGGCAAAUAGAAUAUUACUCUAGGGGUUAGGUUAAAUGGAUUAUCUGAUUAAGCUCCUUUUCAUAGAUUUCCAGACUAUAGUUACAUCUUCAUCAUGUAGUUCAGCAUUGGUACUACACAGUGGUGGAUCUGGGGGGGGGCAAAGGGGCAAUUGCCCCCCUCCCCGAGAUCCGAUGCGCUCUCCUGCAGGGCCGGUGCUAUCCAAGUGUCGGCCCUGCUAAAUGCCUUCGUGGACCAGAGGGUAGAGCAAAGAUCUCCCUCACCGGUCUGCAGGCACAUUGCUGGGCGGCCAGCAGGGAGGGAGGAGGAAGAGGAGACCUGGGAGCUCUUACCUCCGGCUGAGCUCUGCCGGGUCUCUUCUCGCGAGCACGGAACGUUGCCGCGGUUACCACGGCAACGCUCCGUUCUCGCGAGAGUGAACUCUAGCCUCAGGAGGUGCAGGCUAGAGUUCACUCCCCACUAGAACCACCAGGAUUCCACCGGACCACCAGGGAUUGGAAAUAAUAUCCCCCCUCCCUGGGCAAAGGUAAGAAGGGAGGGGGGAUAUAAAUAAUAUAAAAGAAUGUAUUUUUAAUUAAAAAAAUGUUUUUGCUCUGCCCCCUCCAACUACACACACACUUCCCCCACAGCCCCCCAUACACACACUGCACCACACACACUUCUCCUCCAUACACUCUGCACCCAAACACUUCUCCUCCAUACACACUGCACCCCCCCACACACACUUCUCCUCCAUACACACUGCACCCCACACACCUACUGCACCCACAUACACUUUUCCCACAUAUACACAGUGCUCCCCAUACAAACACUGCACCCCCACACACUGCACCACCAUACACUUCUCUCCCACACACACACACACACACACUACACCCCCAUACACACAGUGCUCCCCCACACAAACACUGCACUCCCAUACACACACUGCCCCCACUACACCCUCAUACACACACAGUGCUCCCACAGCACCCCACAUAUACAUACUGCACUCCCAUGCACACACUACACCACUCACAUUAACACACACUGCCUCCUACACACAGUGCUCCCACUGCACCCCCAUACACACACUGUCCCACAUGCACUGCCUCCCAUACACACACUCUGCACCCCUCACACACUGCCUCCCAUACCCACCCUGCAUCACACACACACAUUACUAGAGGCCCUAUUCCCUACUACAGCCCCUAUCCUGGCAGACCCCAGGUAAAUUGUCAAACUGUUCUUAAACAGUUUGACUAUUUACUCUAGGAGGGCACCACGGCACUCCUGGCACCAAAACCACUACAGAAAGCUGUUGUGGUUAUUGUGCCUGGAAAGUUUCUUUAAAUAAUCUAUGAGUGCCUCUCCCGAGAUAAGACUUUGGAUCCGCCAGUGGUACUAAAUACAUUUGUUCAGCUUAUAAUUUAACUACUGACCUUUUACCCAAUUGCAUUGUUUAUUGGUAAUGGCCAUUGAAGCCUAGUUUGAUGGAGUGGUAAUUGUGUGAAUGUUCUAUUACAUUUUAAACAUGCAUGAUGUACAAAGUGUGUUCCCCUGUUACUUGUGAAUAAUCUGUCAAUCCUCUACCAGGGAUCUGUACUCUGCGACUGGAUAUUACUGACAUUCAUGAACAAGAACAACAUGUACAGCAUGCGGAAAUACGACGAGGUAAAGAGAUGUACAGAGAAACAUGUAUAUUAUAUGGGUAAUAACAGACAAACAAAUUGUUAA